UCAAUGACAUAGUAUACUAUCAAAGAAGAAUCAUUUUCUUUUAUGGUGAUUUUUAGUGCAAUUACCUUUUUUUCAUAUGUAUCAUGAGAAUCAACUUCAAUUUCCACCCACAUGGACUAUUUAAGUAGCCACCACUUUAUAAAUAUGAGUAAGAACUUUUCAUUAUAAUAUUUGUCAUAUCUUUAUUUAUUCCAUUUUAUCGUACCCAUAUUAUGUAUAGUUGGAAGACUUGCGAAGAUAAUUCAUCGCCGACUUUCGAACUAACGAGACAUUAUGUGCGACCACAAUACAUAUGACAUACAUAAUUACCAACGACUCCCGGCCAACUGGCCGGGUGCAGUGCUAGUGAUAGUAAGAAGAAUGAAUAGAUCUGUGAAGUCUGAAGGGGAUUGGAAUGGAAAGAAAUCUAAAAAAAUUAUGUGCUUUGGAAAACUGAAGUGGCUCGCUGGCUCAAUAAAAAAAACCUGGAAAAGAAAAAAGAUACCAGAAAUGAAACGGCCGUUUUGAAAGACAAAACGUUUGUUGCGGCCGUUUCUUCUUUCUUCCUCUCUUGGCUACGAACUCGGGCAAAGGAUCUUCUUUAAUUCCUCUUCGUCUGUGUUGUCCGAAGUUUUCAAGUAAAUAUUGCGACUUUCUUCCUUUUCUCUAUCCUUCCAUCCAAACCCAGCAAGCAAAAAGAUGGAUUUCCGGAGGAGGCGGGUUCAACUUCUUUCCUUCAUCGUUGGGGUCAUCAGUCUCAGUAUUGCUGGUAAUUUUCUACUAGUGUUUAGAUUUCUCUUUGUUUCCACUUUUCUUCCUAGAAGGUUGAUGGCUUUAGAUAGUUUAAGGAUGUGGGCUAAGGGGUUGGGUUCAAAAAUCAAUAGAGGAGGGCGGUGGCUUUUAUAAUUGUGCAGUUGUCAAGAGGACUUGCUAAUGGAGGCUUUUGAUCUGAACUUGAGGUCUAAUUGUUGUUUGGUUUAUGGUGAAUGAGAGAAACUUGGUUUAAUGUUGAACUUCUAUGCUGAAAUAUAUCUGUUCUUCCUGUUAAUUGUGUGAGUGUGUAAUUGGGUUAUAUGACUACUAUGCUCAGCCUAAGUAGCUAAUUAUAUGACUACUAUCCUCAAUGAACAUAUUGAUUUCGCAAGGGAAAUAUAUCAGGACCUCUCCCAGUGACUUGUUUUAUUGAGACAAAUUGGUUUUGGGUAAUGGCACCAAAUUCAUUUGAUGGCCGAAAUCUCUUGUGCUCUAAUCUUGGUUCCCUCCGAUCAAUAGUUGGCUGCCCACUCAUAUGAUCAGAGUUAACCUUAUGGUUAAAGUUUAAACCCUCGUAUUUGAAUUCCUCUGGCUUGAUUGUAUUUGAAGUGUUUUGUCCUGUGUUUCUUAUGGUUUAAAGAUUCCCUCUUGUGCUAGUUUUGUGCACACGAGUUGCUUGUUGCGUUUGAUGUUUGAGGCCUCCACACAAAGUUUGGAUCUUUGAACUGGUUUUUGCUGUUCCUUGCAUGAAUUCAGCCUAAUAGUAUCCUAUUGCAUAGUGCACAUUACUUCAUAUACCACCAUCUCAUUGCCUUGAUGCUCCCACCAUGUUGCAUCAUCUCCUGUCUUCGUAUGCAGUAAACUGAUGCUCAUUCUCCAUGUCGUUUUCUAGCCGAAAAAUGCAGGCUACUCGUAGGAGAAGACUCAUCAUCUCAAAGCGGAAAGUUUACAAUCUUCGACUGCUUCGACAUGAGCACAGGGACCCUAGCAUGCAUGGUCAAGGAAGGUGUGAAGCUCUACGUCUACAACAUGAGAUCUUCACACGUAGAAAAGGCAAGGAAUUUGGCAAUCGAGCAGGCAAUACACGAUGCAAUGCAGCAAGGGAUAUCAGCGAAAGAUGUUGCUAAGCAAGCGCAAAAGGAAGGUGCAAAGGCAGCUAAGUUGGCUACUAGAAAAGCCAAAAGGAUCGUAGGGCCUAUCAUCUCUUCGGGUUGGGACUUCUUUGAGGCGGUCUACUAUGGCGGGACCAUAACUGAAGGGUUCCUGAGGGGUACUGGGACCUUGUUUGGAGCGUAUGCUGGCGGGUUUUAUGGGGAGCAAGGGAUUGGAAGAGUUGGGUAUCUGGUUGGGAGUGAGUUGGGCAGUUGGAUUGGAGGGAGAAUUGGGUUGAUGGUGUAUGAUGUGGUGAAUGGAUUGCAUUACUUGGUCACUGCUGUUGAACCAUAGAUGGCCUGGCUAGACUGAGAAUCGCGAAAAGGAUGAUGUUGAUGAGUCAUACUCGUAUGAAGAUCCACCUGCGUACGAAAGUAAUGAGGAUGUGAGUGAUGAAGGCUCCAGUGGAUAUGAAUCUCUCAUCUCCGAAAAUUCUGAAUCGGAAUCGUAUGGCUCACCCUCAUGUUUCUGGUGAUAAUACAAAGUAUAAUGGUAGAUCAUGGCUUGUGAAACCUGUUGUUCAGAGACUGGCCUGUACGAGAAAUGUUUUUGUAAAUAGAUGUAAGGUUUGGAUAUACUUUUGUUAGUGGAAGUGUUUGUUUACUUGAUUUGAGUAUUAGAUAGGCAGAGGCUGUUCCAGUUAGAAGCUUGUCUCAAGGUUCUUGUGGCGCAGCAAUGUAUGGACUAGAUUCUAUACCAGAAAACUUCACUGUUGUGGAUCAAUGGUCUCAUACGUUCAUUUUAAGGACAUCUGGACAUGUAUAUGUUUGAAUUCAGUAAAAAAAAUUAUCCAUGGCAUUCCGAGGGUCUAAAAAAUUUAAUGAAUUGUACUGUAUAUAAUAUCCAGAACAGAGGUUGUAAAUGAAUUACAGCUAGCUAGCAGAGGGUCUAUGUAGGCGUAAAUGAAUGAAUAAAUGGAAU